AUGAAUAACACAACAACCAGAAGCAAAAAAACAAAGUCAACAGAAUGCCCAUCGUCGUCCAAUGCAGGAACAUACGAGUCCUCAGGUCCAUCAUCUGCUUUGUCAAUGUCAGAACCUCUCUCAGCCGUAUCAACAGCGAGCCACGUAUCUUCUGAAAGAGCUGCUGUUGGUCAACCCGACGUUUCGCAAAGUUCAACAGAAUCAGAAAGAAUUAUUGGCCGAUGUGGAGAAACAUGGUAUUCAAAUCAAACUUACAAAGAUCAUUGUGAUUCUAAAGAAUGUAUAUCAUGUACAAAAGUAGAACCUGAAUUGAUGAAAUGUCGUAAUUGUCCAGUAACGAUGACCAAGACUGAUCUCAACAAACAUCGAAAAGAAUCACCGAAUUGUUUCCUACCUGCUGCUAAACCAGCUGAUGCAGAGAAAAGUACCACCGUCGUCGUCGAUCCACCAGAAGAAAUAAAACAGUUAUUUGUUUCUCUUGCUGACCUCUUAAACUCGGACGAGGUAGACAAGGAGCAAGCAUACAAAAUGUUGGUUGAUCCCCGUAUCAAGAUCUCCAGUGUCACAGAAGCAUCUGGUCUCAUUUCUACAUGGUCAAUGAAACAACUAGUGGCGCUCAUAAAAACUACAUGUGGUUUUGAGCAGCUUGAAAAAUGUGACAGUGCCUAUCGACUGACUUGUGCUGCUAUCGAUGCCAUUUGCCCAUUAUUAGCAGUAAAGGAAAAUGAAUUCAAUCAGUUGGGUGGCCCCUCUCUCAUCGACCGAUUGGUUAAAUCUAUACUCAAUCUAGAAGUUCAUUUUCGACUUGAUAAUCUGCUAAUAAGACUUGAUAAAAUCAAGAAUUCUAAACAGAAAUCACCAAAGGCAGCUCGAAAUAACAAAACACCAAAAGAAAACCAGAUCAGUCCUAAAGAAGGAGAAAAAAUAAGAAAUGAUAAAAAAGAGUUUAUCAAGGACAAAGUAAAAAAGAAAAGAAAAGAGCCAGAGGAUUUACUUAUUGAUGCCUUGAAAAGUAUGCACAUGGAAUCAAAAAGUAAAGGAGCAUAUUCUGUAUGGACAGAAGAGUGCUCUGCAGAAAGAUUUCAAAUCGACAAGGCCCUGUCGGUCCUUUUGCAAAUCGGAGAUAAACAAGGUCCUCCGAUGUGCAUCGGAUGCUACUGUCCAUUCACAAAAGAUUACAAGCCCCUCAACUCACAUGUAAUCAGCCGGUGGUGGCAAGAUGAAAUUCAAUUUAGAAAUGGUCUCGUGGCAGCUAAAUACACAUCUGUGCAUGAUAAUACAUACGACACUAUCACUUCCACAGUGAGGCAUACCCUUCCAAUGCUAUGUAAAGAAUGUGAGAAUAGUUAUGGCAACAAAGAAGGAGAGUUGGCAAAAAACAAAUCAAUUAUUAAAGCUCUUCAAGUCAUGAAAAUAUUUGGUCAAGUCUAUGUCUCUGAUGACACAACAAUUGAUGGGCAACCAACAAACAAUUUUCCUGGUCAAGUCUCUCUUCCCCAUAUGACCUUGUUUCAGUUCUUAGUCCCAAAUUUCAUGCGUUUGAUGGCACUCGAACUCUGGAAAAAGUGCGGCGACGAUCCCUCAAAAGGUAAAGACUAUUGGAACAUCUUUGACCGAAUCAGACUAGAAAUGAAAGACUUGCUAAAAUCUGGAGACUAUAGAUCCAACCAACAAAAAGAACUCUUUUUAUAUGUUAUCCCCAAUUCAGGAGACCUAUUGGUUCGAACCAAAAUGGGAUUGAGACACGCUGGUUAUUGGAGAGAGGAAAGCUUAUCACAUUGGAAGUUUUAUCCAUCUAGUACUCAAUCCCCUGCCUUUAUAUGGUAUAACCCUGGUCCGCUUGUUUGGAUAGCCAGCAUCACCAACAUACCAGAUCUUGGUCCUUUUCGUGUGCUACCCAAUCGGGAUCAAAUAGACAUUUCCCUGGAACCCACUGAAAACCCAAUUGUCAAACGUAUUCUAUUCGAUGUAGAAAUAGAAUCAUUGCAAAUACUCAACAGGGGAAUCCGAGACUUGUCUAAUAAGCAAGAAAAUAUCGAGGACUAUUGGACUAAAAUUAACCUUUACAGGGACCUUAAACAAUGCAAAGAUAUUUUCAAUCGUUCAUUUCCUCUUGACCACCCAUACAAAGAAUGUACGAAGGUCAUUUAA